AUGGUCUGUCACAUACCAGGAUUAAACAAUGCUCCAGUCUGUGUUGUAAGAAGCAGCUUUUCAAGAGAACACCCAUCUGCUAGCAACACAGUCAUCCCCAAGCAAGAAGCUGAUCAAGAACAUGUGCUAACGGGGAAAGCCAGAAGCAAUACAUCUGCCAACUGCUACCUUCCAAAGCUGGAGGGUUUCAGGCGAAGGGAGCUAGGCACUUCACAGUCUGUGACACAAGGACCUGCGGAUGUUCCUAAAAGGAUUCAAAAUAACCCUACUUCAUCUGAAAAGCUUCUGAAAAAACAAUUCCAAGCCUCUGCAGAACCUGCAAAUAGGCAGGGAAUCCAUGUUGCGCCUCCCACCCAGCCUUCCUCUCCAUUCGUCAACUUGCAUUACAGUCCUCGCAUCCAGGAGAAUGUGUAUUCUGACCUGCACUACCUGGAUCGGAAAAUAAAGGUGCUGGAAAAACUCAGCAAAAUUUUGCAGACAGAUUCGCUUACCGAGAUCCAAAAAUGGCUCACAAGGGCAAGUGAAAAAGAGAAAGACUUUGUGUCCAGUCUGAUUUAUUCAGAACUGACUGACAAAAGCGAGCUGAAUUCUAAGGAAGGUACAGCAGAGAACAUGAAUAACCCGAGUCCGCUAACGCAUCUCCCUCCUCUUCAGAGAGGUCCAGAAAGGGAAAUGAAUUGGUCCAGGUCUUCGGCUAAAGAAUCACUGGCAAGUCAAAACAUGAAACAGGAAAGGAAGAAAGAACGUCUUCUGCUCUCAGCGCUGAGAAACAGAGAUCCAGCACGAGCAGACAUGCUGUUCCGAGGGAAGAACUGCAACUGA